GUCAGCAAGGCUCAGAAGGUGCAGAAGCAAGCUUCCACCAAAGAUGCGGAUAAGAAGACCAAGGCAGCUUUCCUCACUGAACUUAGAGGCUCCACAGCAACACCUGGCAUUGGUGGCAUUGGUGGUGCCGCUUCAAAGCAAGGAGGCAAGACUAAGCCAGAGGCUGCCACGUCAGCAGCAGCGGCAGCAGAGGAGCCGACGUGGUCCCUGUUGGCUGAUAGCUUCCAACUGGGGCAGUCGAACCUCAAAGGGUGGGACAAGGGCGACGAG